AUGCCAAUCCAAGCACAUAUCUUACCUCCUCCAUCAGCAUCUCCAACUUGCCAAGAAAUGCCUGUCACCCGUCCACUCGUACAAGGAUGCCGAUGCUGCCACCUCGAACUAGGAGUGCCCCGCGCCGCUGAUAUUAGGCCCUUGGUCGAAGGCUACGCCGGAGUCAUCUUCGCCCGCGCACUCGUGCUGGCAUGUGUCCUGUACGUGGUAUGGCGAAUCGUGCAGGUCUGGGAGGAGAGACGGCGAGAGAGACGGCGACAGGAGGAGAACCAGAUCUGGAUGCGCAAGGAGCGGGCGCGGCGGGGGGCAGAACCGGUGGGGAUCCUGCGGGCGCGGGAGAAGGAAAGGGGAGGAGAAGGGAUGUGUGUAGAGGGAGAGGCACACACGAAGAGAGUGCGGUUUGUGGAGGCGGCGGGUGCGAGCAUGGAGGAUUCGGGCCUCGAGAGCAGCAGCUCUGUGGAGGUCGAUCUGGGGGACGGCAAGAAGGUGAACGAGGAUCGGUUUUCGGACGAGGCGCUCGGAGAGCUUCUCUGA